AUUUUCUGAAACCUCGUCAAGCUUCAGUUCUUUGUGUUUUAUACCCUUUGUGCUUAGACCAACUGAUAAAUUUCAGGUGGAAACUCCUGAAGGGUCGCCAUCUACAUAUCGCGUUAUCAUAGAUCGAUAUCUCUCCAACCAUCCUUAGUGUUUACCGCAUCAUCAACUAGCAAUUGCCCGCGCCUGUCAUCAGGGGCUUUUGUGAGCCGAGCCAAUUUCAGCGAUGGCUCAGACACGCUGUAUGUACUUCGAUGAAAAUGGCACUGAACGCAAUGGAGGUUGUUAUUCGGGAGAUCGAUGCAAAUUUGUUCAUCCUGGAAACCCCGCUUGGGAUACUACAGCCCCAAGUCGGAAUGCUCCGAGAGGUCGCGGAAUGGGCAGAGGUGGAUUUGGAGAAUCGAGAGGGUCGUUUAGUCGUGGAAGAGGGCGUGGAUCUGGACCUGUUAAUCAAUCUAGUUCAUUUUCGGCAUCGGGAUGGGAUACUGGAGGAGGACCUGACAAUAAUGCACAGAAACCGAACUCGGGCUGGGCGAUAACAAGUACAAGUACAAAAGAUACUGCUAAAGAAGCCAAUAUUGCCACUGCAUCUCUGUGGGACACUGGUGACGCAUGGGGCACGGUCUCAGACUCAGGAGCAAAAAAAUCUCCUGCAGGUGGAUGGGGUGAUAAUGACACAUGGGGUGGUAAUGACACAUGGGGCGGCAACUCCGGAACAAAAGAUCAAUCUGGAGGCGGAUGGGGUAAUACUCCCGGUGGCGACAUCUCUUCUGGUGUAUGGGGCGCGGCAGACACGACAGACACGACGCUGCGCGCACAGGAGAAACCUGGCAGCUCAAAUGCAAUGGACACUUCUACAAGCACAUGGGGUGAUACUCCCGGUGGCGGGUGGGGCAGUCCUGCGGGUGGCGCCAAAUCCUCUGGUAGAUGGGGCGCGUCGGGAACGACUGAAAUGACGUCGGUUGCACAGCCGAAACGUAAUGAUGCCGACCAAGAGAAUCACAGAUUUAAACCAUCACCUGUUCCUGCACCACCGCGGCCUCCACGACGUGGCUCGCGAGUACAGGACGACGAGGAAGAAACGCGUCCCAAGAUGACCGGGACGAAUGAUGUCCCAAUGGUCAAUACAAGAUGGAUCAAGAAAGCGGACACGACAGUGCCCCCGCAUGUGGAGUCUUCUGAGCGAUCUCGCCUUCCGCCGCUCCAGACGAGCGCAUUAAACAACGCGACUCCCCGAGAGCCACAAGCUUCAGUGUCCGCCAACCGCUCUGAGGACGACCGAAUGGACGUGGAUGGUUGGAGGCAGGAUGUGAUACAAGAGAAAAGGAAAUAUGGAAACGCGGACCUCGAGAGGAAGCAGGAUAUAUGGAAGGAUUUUAUCAGAUUGUGCGACCGCGCCGUUCGAGCAAAAGUAGAUCUCGCGAAGGCAGAGGCAGAACGUCAAAACUGGAGAAGGGCACAGAAGUCUACUAACUAUUCCCGCAUCGGCGAAGCUGGCCGCAUUCGCCUGGAUGGACAUCGGACAGAGCUUGAGAAAGUUUGUGCUGGUCACUACGAUAAACUAUCGCAGGCGAUCAGUGAACUUGCGGAGGUUGGAGACAAGCUGAAAUCUGGCAUAGACUAUGAACAACGUUACGAUAUUGGAAACGAGGUGGCGCGCUACUCAAAUGAAGUCGGGGCUUGGUUAUCAGAUAUCCGCCCACUACUCAUUGCCAACACCACCGAACAGCCCAAAGAUACUAAUCAUCCUACUCCUCAUGAAGUUGAAUCACCUGAAGAACCACCAGCUAUUCCAGACAGUCUGGAUCCCUUGCGAUCUCGUCUGGACAAACAAGAGGAGCAACUCGAGGAACUGCGAACAGUGCUGACGCUCGAGUCUUCCAAUGAUCCUCUUGCUACUAUCAACAACACAAUUGACAAGAAGAUAGAUCUCUUGCGUAAAGAUCGAGCGGAGGCCAAGGCCCAACGCGCUAAGCUGCCUCCACCGAAGGUUGUCAUACCACCCGAGGCGACGGGCGCUAUAGAAGAUGUUUCUCGUAAGGCGGCGGAACUGAGCGCGGCUAUGGAAGCGCCUGUCAAUGACGUCGCAAAUUUACUCAUUCGUCAAAACGACAUACAGAAAACACAGGCUUCUUUCAAAACUGAGAACGAAGAACUCAGAAAUUUGAUAGUCAAGCUCACCGAGACGUCCGCUGCUAAUCAGAAACUGAUCCAAGAACAAACCGAAGCCAUUCAGCGUCUCAAGGUUUCACUCGAAGCAGCUUCUGAAUCACAACGCGCUCCUGCACCCCCUGCCGAACCCCCAGUCAAAGUCAUGUUCGACAACCUUCGUGCAGCAGUUGAUGAUGUGCUGCAUGGUAUUGUAUCGCGCGAAGUCGUUCCUACGAUAAAUAGAUUGCGCGACGAUUGCUGGAAAGAUAACCAGCACUUUCAUAAGGAGGUGUUUGAGAUAAUCUGGGAUAAAAUUGAGCCCAGCUUAAGGAUCGCCGAAGCUGUCAACCGAUGGGCGACAAGGUUAGAACUCCCUGCAUCCUGAUGCGUACCUCGUCAAGCCAUCCGUCCAUUCGUUAUCUACUUGCUUGUAAACAUCCAUCUUACCUGUUCAGCCUACACUAGUCGACAUUACUCUUGGAUUACUCCGUUACUUCCCUUA